AUGGAGUCUACCAAAGAUUUGAUCGCUGUACAGAAACAGUUGGUCUUGGAAGAAGGAAACUUUGGGCACUGGAAAGUAUGUAUGCGUCAUCUUAUUCGAGGAAUAAAUGAGGAUGCUUGGACGGCUGUGGAAGAUGGAUGGAGUGAGCCAACAAUCACUGAUGAGGAGGGUGUAACAACUCCUAAACCUAAGAGCCAAUGGACUCACGCUGAAAAGGCUGCAUCAAAGUUCAAUUCAAAAGCCUUGUCUACUAUAUUCUCACAUGUGGAGAUGGAUCAAUUCAAGAUUAUCCAAGGUUGUUAUAUGGCAAAAGAUGCAUGGGAUACUUUGGCUAAUCACUUUGAAGGUGACACAAGUGUGAAAAGGACAAGAUUGGAUCACCUUGCUUCUCAGUUUGAGAAUCUAAGAAUGGAGAAAGAUGAGUCUGUUGCUAGCUUUACGGCGAAGUUAAACACCAUCGCCAAUGAAGCAAGUGUUCUUGGUAAGAAAUACAAAGAAAAAAAACUUGUUAAGAAGCUUCUUAGAUGCUUGCCAUCUAAGUUCUCUGCACAUAAGGCUGUGUUGAAGUACACAAUGAACACAGAUAAAAUCAAGUUUGAUUACUUGGUUGGGAUGUUGAAAGCUGAAGAAAUGGAGGCUGGUCAAGAUGAACAAGCACAACAAAAAGGCAUUGCAUUUACAGCAGAAAAAGAAGAAGAGAGGAUAAAGAAGGUUGAAGACAAUAUGAGUCUCAUGGCCAUAAAUUUCAACAAGAUGCUAAAGAGAGUUGAGAAGGGGCAGGCUGAUAGAGCUUCUCACUCAGGGGGUGACAAAUCAGCAAGAAGGAAGGAUCAUCAAUGCCAUGAAUGUGAAGGAUAUGGUCAUUUUCGUGAUGAAUGUCCUUUAGCUAAAAGGAAAGAGUUCAAGUGUGUGGAAUGCAAAGGAAGUGGUCAUAAAAAGAAAGAGUGUCCAAAUACUACAAAAAGAAAGGAGAAUUCGUUUUUGGUGUUUAGUGACAGUGAGUGUCAGGAUGAAGAAGAAGAUAGUGAUGGGCUCAUGCUAAACUUUAUGGCACUCAUGGCAGAAGAUGGAAAACCAGAGGCUCAACCACAUUCUGAUUCUGAAUCUGAUGAUGAUUUUGAUGCUAAGAAGGAGUACAGGAAACUCUAUGAUCAUUGGGUCAAGCUCAGUAAUGAUAAUCUGCAGCUUAUCAAAGACAAAGCCAUUUUGAAAGCCCAGAUUAACAUUCUUGAGCUGGAACUGAAAACAAGUAGUGCAAAAGAAGAAAAGCAAGAUGCUCUGGAUCUAAAGACGGAUCAGAUUCUGUCAUCUGGACAACCACCAAAGAAGAAUUGGGGACUUGGUUAUCAUGGAGUUUCAGCUAAAGAAGAGGCGAGCUAUGGCAACAUGUCAAAUUUCGUUCGGAGCAUUACAUCGUCGAGUGAGCAGAACAGACAGAAAGUGUGUCACACACUGCAUCAGAUGUAUAACACAUAUCAAAGAGUUUCUCCUGCAAUUCAAUCGAGGUACGAAUUUCCUAUGGCUCAAACCAGGAAUACUUAUAGGAGAAAAGAGUGUUACUUUUGUGGAGAAAUUGGUCAUAUUAAGCGCAAUUGUUUUGCACUUAAGAAGAGAGUUAGAAGAGCUUGGAGUCUUAAUCAUUGUUUCAUUGAACCUAAAAGAUAUGGUUGGGCUUGGAUUAAAAAGGAUAUUUUGUAUGAUCAAGAUGAAGUGUACUCAGCAAAGGAGGAAACCUGCAAUCUAGCUCAAGUUAAUCUUGUGGUGUCAAAAUCUGAACAGUGCAACAAAGAAACAGAUCAAGCUUCUGCAGUUCUCAGAGAAAAACAAGUCUGCAGUGUUCAGAGAGUUACACACCAAGACGAUUGUGUGACACAUCAACAAUCAGAUGACGUAGAUGAUUCAGAAAAGAGUGGUUCAUGGUCCCUGCAAUCCAAACUAUCCUCUAUGAAGAUCAUGGUCGCCCCUAUUCAAACCUUCCGCUGUGAAAAGGCGAUCAGAAAUAUGCAUCAUUAA